AUGGGUACGCAUUCUGGGCAUGAGAGAAACGGGGAGAGCGCACGUGGCGGGGCCCUGCAGCGUCUAGAGCGUCGCCUGGCUGCAGCCUGGGCCGAGCAGGACGCUUACCAAAUCGAGCAGCUAGCUGGAAUGAUCUACGAUAGGCUUGUACGCUCAGAUCCGUCAGCCGCUGCAACCGUGUUAGAACAGAAUGCGCAUCGCCUCGCGGUAGCGGGCAAACCAGCUGAAGCAGCGGAGCUGGCGACGCGUUUGAUUCGGCACUGGCGCGAGCUCGAGCAGCGACCUUUCUACCUCGCGCGACUCCAGCAGAUGGUGCUCGAACCGUUGCAAGCUCUGAGUGGAGUCGAAGCUGCGCGGGCGCGCACCAUGGUUCUCGAAGCUGUCCUGGCCUGGAAACGAGCAUCGGCGACGGUGGACACAGAAGAGGCGGCACCCGCAGAGCUCGCACCCGUACAGGACGCACUCGUAGACGCGUAUGUGCUCUGCGGUGAAUGGGCACGCGCUCAAUACCAAGUAGUCUGUCGAGGCGGACCUGCUGAACGCGAUCUUGCCUUCAUCGACGAGCAGCUAGGUCCGCAUCUUGCAAACGAUGUGGAAAGGAUGCUGGCUCGAACUCGUUUGGUUCUCUUCUACGUGCUGGCUGGCAACCUGAAAGCAGGCCGGGCAUUGGUCGAAGAGAUUCAGCGAAAGCACCCAACUGCCCCGAUGACGAACUUUGUAGUCAUCCUGAUGCAGGUUCUCGAGCGCGCCCGAAACGUCGACAGCAGCAAACGCCGCCUAUUGCGAAACUUUUGCGAUGACCUCAAGCGAGUCUAUCAUUGGGCGUUUUCUCUGGAUCCUGAGCUUGAUGCCAUGCUUGAUGAUGUGCUCAAAGCUCAAGGUUUGUAG